AUGACGAUAAUAAAUAACUUGAACAGCUAUUUUAGCGAACUUGAUGACAUCCUCUCGCAAGAAACUUGGGAGGCUGCUGAACAAGCAGCAAAACUGCUGUCAAUUCGUGAUGAACAUGCGCACUAUGAUUUUCUACAGAAGGAGAAGGCAGAAAAUGAACGCCGUGUAAAGAUUAGAACAGUUUUUGAUGACAUUGCUUGCUUACAUCUAACGGUCAUUUACCACAUAAGUCGACAGAAGUAUGAAACAGCUUUUGGCACGCAUGCGCAGGUAACCGCCCAAUUAGAAUUAAUUUUUUUUCUGAUUUCAUUAUUUUGUUUGUUUAUUGAGAUGGUUCAAAUUUUCAACAAAGAAAUAUUGCAAAAGGAGAAGGACAUGAACUGGUUUAUGCCUAUUUUUUACCUUUUAUGUACGGAAUUGCGACUGAUAGCACGAGCAGCAGAUUUGAAACCUUCAGGAAUGAGAGAUCCCGAAAAAAGCAGUUAUUAUGAACAGUCUGCGACGUGUAUGAUGGAAUGUUACAGAGCGUGUGUCACUGACGUUCGCGCAUCUAUCGAAACGUCAAAAAAGGUUGCCAUGUUAAACUUAACCAACCAGCUUUUUCGGAUCUAUUUCAGGAUAAAUAAGCUAAAUUUAUUAAUCCCCUUGAUACGUGCAAUUGAAAAUUGUGGUUCGCUAUACAGUCAGUUUUCAAUGGCCGAUAAAGUUACUUACAAUUAUUACCUUGGCCGUAAAGCAAUGUUUGACUCUGACCUCGUAUUAGCGGAGAAAUCACUUUCUUAUGCGUUUCGAAACUGCUUGCCUGACUGUACUCGAAAUAAGCGAUUGAUCUUAAUGUACCUUAUACCAGUAAAAAUGUUCCUGGGACAUAUGCCAAGCAGUGAUCUUUUGAAAAAAUACCAGCUGGAGCAGUUCAGUGUCGUAGUGGAAAGUGUUAAGGAUGGUAACCUGAAACGUUUAGAUGAGGCGCUGCAAGAGAACGAGCACUUUUUUGUUGAAUGUGGGAUAUUUCUUAUGCUUGAAAAGUUAAAGAUUAUUACAUUCAGAAACCUGUUUAAGAAAGUAGCAAACAUUGUUGGGAAAAUUCAGAUUCCUUUGGAUGCUUUCAUGAUUCCUUUACGUUGGAUGGGCUUAUGUGAUAUUGACGACGACGAGCUUGAGUGUAUUCUUGCCAACUUAAUUGCACAGAAGAAAAUAAAAGGUUAUAUUAGUCAUCAGUACAAGAAACUUGUGAUUAGUAAACAAACGCCCUUUCCAUCAUUAUCAGUCUUGUAA